AUGUCUAUAUAUACAUUAUAUAAGUUAAGGGCUUUUCAAAAAUAUUUCAAAUAUUGUGGAAAUACUUUUAAUAUUUCUUAUAGAUUAUUUAUAACGAAAAUUAAAAAAGAAUCAGAAUUAGAUAAUCUUGUGAAUAAAGGGAAAUUAACAGUAGUACAAUAUGGUGCAGAAUGGUGUGGACCUUGUAGAAAUCUAAAACUUUUAUUAAAUAAUUUAAGUGGAGAAUAUCCAAAUAUUAACUUUGCCUAUGUUGAUAUUGAUAAAUUACCUGCAUUAGCUGAAUCUCUAGGAAUUUCUAGUAUUCCAUUAGUAAGAAUAGUAAAGGACAAGAAUUUAAUAGAUUCUAUAAUAGGAUGUAAUAUAGAGUCUAUUAAAGAUUGUAUAAAUAAACAAAUCUAA